UGUAGUAAGCAAUGAUGUCACAAGUGACAUCUUGCUUACUACUUUGCAUGUGAUCACUGAUUGGCCAAUCAGUGAUCACAUGAUCGGGACCUCGUACAGAGGUCCCAUCCGACGAUCGCAGAAAGGAAAACGCCUACAAGCUUUAACCAGUGCUCUGCUGAACACUGAUAGAAGUCACAAGACUGCUCUAACUGCUGAUGAGAAAAAGUAUUUAGCAGUCUAUAUUUACUAAAAUAAUUGCAUUUCCAUGUUCUGUGUACUGUGGGAGACCAGAUAUAGUGAAUGCAGAGUCCUGGG